CCCGGUGCACUGAGCGCAUAGCGUUUUGAUUUUUGGCCACCUGGCCCGCGAACCACGCCAUCCAUUCAGUCCUGCUGGUUCGUCCAGUCGAGUCCGCCCCUCCCCCCUGGCCCGAUCGCACCUCGUCCUUCAUGGCCUUCUCGAUGUCGACGGCAAGAUGAACUCCCUCAACAUCAUCUCGGCCCGAGUCUCCCCUCCGCCGAGCCCAGGACCGACAAGAUCGAACUCGCUCAACGCUCUAGGAUUGGGGGUCAGCUCCGACGCCGACGGGCCGCAACAGAACCAAACCGACAGCGCGUUGGGCAACGUCAAUGAGAAAGAUGGAUUGACGACCGAGCCUGACGACUUCCGGCUAGAGAACCCACCAAAUAACGACCGGCACCACGAAUAUGCGAUCGACGAAACAACACCCCUAAUAUCCCAAUCAAAGGUCCCCAGCCCGCGGGGCUCGCUGUGGGCGCUCUACCCAAAGCGUAUCGUAAACGCCUUUGUGGACUCGAUACGGUGGGUGCUGUCGACACUGGCGGCGCCCGGCGUCUAUUUGUACGCCUGCUUUUGCGACGAGAACGGGUACUUUGCGCCGCUGAAGCAGCUCGCACGGCUGUUUGGUGUAUACGGGGGCGAUGCGAAGAGGAUGGCGUUGGACUACCACGAAGGGAUAGCUGCGUCCGAGAAGCGCAGGCAAGGCACGGGCGGGGCAACCGGCGGAAGCGGGCGAAAAAAAAGUAGAGUAUUGCGCGUCGUCGGGUCGAACGGUUCUUCGUCGUCCGGCCUUUCGUCGGAAUCUGAGUCCGACCCGGACCGUGAGAAGAAGGGUAGCCGUCGAGGCUCAAGUGGAAGACACCUACGCUCCAAGUCACUCCCGGAUUCCGACGAAAUCGCGCCGGCACAACGCUCUAUAAGAAUCAAGCUCCACUCCGACGAAGCCUUGCGGCAGAGGAAGCACCGGAAAUCACAGUCGACCAGCGCGCGCGGAAGCGGCGGGUCCGGCGACGCCGUGGACAGCAUCUCAGCCCAGCUAAAAUCCCCAACCUCGCCCGCCGGUGCCCUAACCAAGUACCCCAAGACGCCGGCGCCUCCGCGACCGUUGAUACCCCGCCGGCAACCCUCGUACAUCAAUAAAAAUGCAGAAAUGACCGACGUCAGACACCAGAAGACAUUGAUCCUGGACCUCGACGAGACGUUGAUACACAGCCUGUCUAAGGGCGGGCGGAUGAGCUCGGGACACAUGGUGGAAGUGCGGCUCAACACGACAUACCAGAGCGCGGGAGGGCAGGCGGCCGUCGGGCCUCAGCACCCGAUUCUGUACUACGUGCACAAGCGGCCGCACUGCGACGAGUUUCUACGGCGUGUCAGCAAGUGGUUUAACCUGGUCGUCUUCACGGCGUCGGUGCAGGAGUACGCCGACCCGGUCAUCGACUGGCUCGAGGCCGAGCGCAAGUACUUCUCGGCCCGUUAUUAUCGCCAACACUGUACCUUUCGCCACGGUGCCUUCAUCAAGGACCUCAGCUCGGUCGAACCCGACCUGAGCAAGGUCAUGAUUCUCGACAAUAGCCCGCUGAGCUACAUGUUUCACCAAGACAACGCAAUCCCGAUACAGGGCUGGAUUAGCGACCCGACGGACAGCGACCUAAUGUAUUUGAUACCCUUCCUAGAAGGACUGCAGUACGUGUCUGAUGUGCGCGCCCUCCUGGCCCUGCGCGGCGGCGAGGACGGGCAGCACAUGGCUUGACGUGCGUGUGGUAGCGGAUAGGAA